UCGGCGAAAGCGGCGGGAAGUUCGUACUGGGCAGAAGGCGACGGUCUGCGGCUUGGGUGAAAAUGCCUCGUGUAAAAGCGGCUCAGGCUGGAAGACAGGGCCCUGCAAAGAGACGUCUUGCAGAACAUUUUGCAGCCGGGGAGAUAAUCACUGAUAUGACCAAAAAGGAAUGGAAACUGGGGUCUCCCAUUGGCCAAGGUGGCUUUGGUUGUAUAUAUCUUGCUGAUACGAAUUCUUCAAAAUCCGUGGGCAGCGAUGCACCCUGUGUUGUAAAAGUGGAACCCAGUGAUAAUGGACCUCUUUUUACUGAAUUAAAGUUCUACCAGCGAGCUGCCAAACCAGAACAAAUUCAGAAAUGGAUUCGUACCCAUAAACUGAAGUACCUGGGUGUCCCUAAGUAUUGGGGGUCUGGUCUACAUGACAAAAAUGGAAAAAGUUACAGAUUUAUGAUAAUAGAUCGCUUUGGGAGUGACCUUCAGAAAAUAUAUGAAGCAAAUGCCAAAAGAUUUUCAAGGAAAACUGUCUUGCAGCUAAGCUUAAGAAUUCUGGAUAUUCUGGAAUAUAUUCAUGAGCAUGAGUAUGUACACGGAGAUAUCAAGGCCUCAAAUCUUCUUCUCAGCUACAAGAAUCCUGACCAGGUGUACUUGGUAGACUAUGGCCUUGCUUAUCGAUACUGCCCAGAAGGGACUCAUAAAGAAUACAAAGAAGACCCCAAAAGAUGUCACGAUGGCACAAUUGAAUUCACCAGCAUCGACGCGCACAACGGUGUGGCGCCAUCAAGACGCGGUGACUUGGAAAUCCUUGGUUAUUGCAUGAUCCAAUGGCUUAGUGGCCAUCUGCCAUGGGAAGAUAAUUUGAAAGAUCCUAACUACGUUAGAGAUUCCAAAAUCAGAUACAGAGAAAAUAUUGCAAGUUUGAUGGACAAAUGUUUUCCUGAGAAAAACAAGCCGGAUGAAAUUGCUAAGUACAUGGAAACAGUGAAAUUACUGGAUUAUGUCGAAAAACCUCUUUAUCAAAAGUUACGAGAUAUUCUUUUGCAAGGACUGAAAGCUAUAGGAAGUAAGGAUGAUGGCAAGCUGGACCUCACUGUUGUGGAGAAUGGAAGUUUGAAAGCAAAACCAGUGGCAAAGAAGAGAAAGAAAGAAGCUGAGAAGAGCGUAGAAUGUAGUGUUGAAGAGAUGGAAUGCUCGGAUAAACAGACAGAAGAGGCCACACAAACCCGUUCAAAAACCAGAAAGAGAGUGCAGAAGUAAAUAUUGUGAACUGGUUUUCUUUUCUUCCUUUCAUUUGGCUUUCCUCCUUUCAAUUCGAC